AUGGCGAACGAGGUAGACGCGAGAUUUCUAUCGGCUGUUGAAAAACUGAAAAAAGUAUGUGAAAUUAGUGGAAAUUUGAGAAAAGACUUGAAGCAAAGCGUUCCGGAGGCAAUAAGCGAUCUGAAUGCAGUUAAAAAUGAUUAUAAAUCGAUGAUAUUGUCUUUGAAUGAUCAACUAAAAGAUUCAAAGCUCACAAUGGCUGCUACAAAUACUAAGCCUACAACGGGAAGAACCUUUGAGGAGAUCGUCUCGAGUUCAACGCAGUGCCCUACCGAUGACCGGCCGCGGAUGCUCCCGAUGUUUGCUGCGGUGAUUGCGCAAUUGAAAAAGCAGAUUUCGGAGGAAUUGGGGGAACGUCUCAAAAGAAAAGUUAACCCAGAAGAUUCUCAAAUUGGAGUGGAGAGAAUGAAGUCUCUAAAUGGAGGUAAGAUUUUGAUUAGCUGUAAAAAUAAACAGGAUUUAGAUAAACUUUGCCACGCAAUUAUUAUAUUUGAUAUACCGGAAGAAAUAGACAUAAAUAAUGCUGAAAUGAUUGUUAAAAAUCAAAAUCAAGAUAAUUUAAAAGGGGAAACUUUUAAUGUCAAGUUUAUUAGGGCAAUGAAAAAAAAUAUAAAUAGACGAUUCUUAGUUGCUGAAGUUUCUCCUGGAGCUAGGAAAUAUUUUCUUGAAUAUGGAAUCAAAUUGAAGUGGUCAAUGUGCAGGUGUUCAGAUUACAUUAGUGUCAAGAGAUGUUUCCAAUGCAACAAAUUUAAUCAUGACUCAAUUAAUUGUAGAUCUCAGACCACUUGUCCAAUUUGUUCUGGUACUCGUUUAAUGAGAGAUUGCUCAUCGCGGAAUGAAUUAAAUUGCUCUAAUUGCAUAAACUAUAAUAAGUAUGUCAAAGGUGGAAUGAGAGUUGAUAUUAAGCACGCGGCCUUGGAUAGAAGAUGCCCUACAUAUUUAAAACAGAUUGAGAGAAAAAAGCAGAAUAUCGACUAUGGUAACUAGUGCAAAUAAUGUUAAUAUUCGUUGCUUACAAAUCAAUCUUCAGAAAUCUCGUAAGGCUGCUAUUAAUCUUUCUGCUAUAAUCCAGAACAAUAACACUGACAUUGUUUUUAUUCAGGAGUCUUAUUGUAUUAAUAACAAGGUGGCUGGAUUUUCUAGAUCUUUUAGAAU